GCAAAUAAGGUGCCGCAAUUUUACAGCGUGGUGUACGAAUGCAGCUCGAUUACGGUAUCUCUAGAUAAAACUACCAUUUUCUUAGUGUCCCACGUACAAAUCUCUCGGGAAAGAAAGAGUGACACUUCACCCCAAGGCCGCGAGAAGUACCGACCGACUACCGAGCGAGCGGCGCUGGGCCACGACCUUGCAAGCCGUCGUCGCGCGCUCCGCCGCCGACACGGCAACCUCCCGCAUGUCCUAGGCCGACGUCGAGGCCGCGCCGCCUCCCCCGGUCGCAAUCCCCGCCCCGUCCCCCACAGCCAGCGCUUCGGCGGCGGCCGCUCGCGCCGGUGGGACCGCGAGGCAAACCCGUUCACGGACUCCGCAUCCGCCGCUGACCCCGCGGUGGCGCCGUUCGAGGACAUCCCUAUGGAGACCGGUGCUCGACGACAACAUCCGCCGCUGCAAGUACGCGCCCCCACCCCGUGCAGCGCGGCGGGGCACCCGCCCCUGCUCCUCCUCGGCUAGGCCCUCGGCCCGCGGCACCCCCUCCGGCCGGAAACGAAGGUCUAGGUAGUCCCCUGCGCCGCGGCAGCCGAGGCCACGACGGCAAGGAGGAGGAGGAGGGCCAGCGCGAGCUUGCCAUGGCGUCCCACGAAAUGCACGCAGCGGCGGCGGCGUGGAGGGAAGCAAAGCCUGAGCUGUCUGAUGGUGAUAAUACCCUGCUGUGUUCGUGGUGUGUGGUGCUCCAGAUGGCUGGUGCGAAAAGAAAUGGAGCCGAAGAACUAGCAAUGGCCUGUGGUGUCCGAUAUACCGAUACCAUCGCCAUGGAUCGCAAAUUGUUCGACGAAAUGCCCACUGCCUUUUAAUUUCAGCCUAAUUUGUACACAGCGCUCUACCUGAGUGCGUGUGUCCUUGUUUAUAGUUGCUCGUACAUGAGCAAUCCCAAAACAAAGACCCUUGACAGUGGCAAGACAAGUUCAGUUCGCACUUGUAGCACUCCUCGCUGUGCCGGUGCGCUUGGGUGCUGCUUCUUGCUGAUCAUGGACACGGGGUACUUUCUCAGCUCAGGGCCUUGCCGCUGCUCCAGUAUGGACACCCUAUCUGCUUCCGCAACUUGUGACUGCUUUUCCAGGAAACUUUUGUUCAAAAAUUGUAGUUUGGCUGUCACCUUUUAUCUAUGAGACUAUGACUUGCGUUUUGUUUGAUUAAAUCAUGCAGGUGGCAUUUUUUUAAUAGUUGUCGGCUCCCUAAAGUAUUUCUAAUCCCAUGACAACUCCUCUACGACAACUUCUCAUAUAGGCUGAGCACUGAGGGCUUUAAUCAUGUGAUGGCUGCCUCAGGAUUGGGAGUUGGAAGUAUUUCACUGAUUGUAUUGGCUGUCGGAAGCAUUGCUCCAAGUCUUCUGAAAGCAGCCAUUGGAGCAAUUUUUGCAGCCUUCCCUGACUACCAGGACAGAAUUACUAUGAUGGAUACCGUAAUUGCAGUCUUCUGGAAGCAACCAGUGGAGCAAUUUCUGAAAGCUGCUCCUUGUUUAGUUGCCUAUUUGAUGGGGAUCCCUAUCCUGGGAUAUUCUCUGGACAUUUGGAAGGAGCAUGUUAAUUUGAUAGAUGAGCACGCAGUUACAAAAGCUAAUCUACGGCGGGCAAUUGAUGGAAAGGAACUAGACAGUAAAGAUGACACCACAGAGUACACUUGAUCAUUGCAGCGCAAACCUACAAAAAUAUCACCAGGAUAAGCUACUUAUUAUGCCUACAAACUUUUAUCAGAUGAGCUGUGGUUUCAAUGGCAAGACUACCUUCUGACAUUAUAGAAUAUGAGGAAGUUGUAGGUCAACCAUGGAAAGGUCCGGUCGCGCAGGAUCUGAACAAGUCUGAAUAUGAUUAAUUGCGUGCCCCCACUCGGAGAGCAUGGAGCUAGGCACCUGCUGAGCCAGGGGCACCUGGCUCCCUAGCUAAGCGGAAGAAGGGGCGGCGGGUCAUAGAGUAGGAGCAGCCGUACUCCAACAGGCUCACGGUCCUAACCUCAUAUCUCACACCAACCGAAACCAGACGACAUAACGGAACGAAUGAACGAACAAACACACGCACAGACAGGCAAGAAAAGAAAGAAAGGUGGAAGCAAGGUACUCCCUGUUCUAAUGGCGCCGCCGCCCCGAGAACAACGACUGCCCUCGCUGGCCGGCCGUGCGCGUGUAAUUAGACUUCUAAAUAAAAAUAUUCUCUUUAAUACUAUGGGAUUAAAGUUUAGAUCUCCGGAUCCAAACAUUCCUUUAAUAUUGCCCGAAGCCUUCAUGCUAAGAAGCUUCGGCUUUGCCUCCAAAGCUCCGCGACAAGGGGCUCCUCAAGCUCUUUAGCUCCGUCUUCCCGUGGGCGAGGUUCACACCCGUCUCCAGAGCUUCGGGUAGCACAUUCGUAGGCUGGUCUCAGGAGCUAACUCCGCUCGUCAAAUUCUUAAGAGCAUCUGCAACCGUAUUUUUUUUAUUAUAGCCCUUUUUGAAAAAAAAUUAUAUUUGGACCCCUGCACAACGUAUUUUUGAAUUUAGACCCUGGGGCUCGGCGCCGUGAGUCAGGGCGCCGAGGUAUCUAGCUCAGCUAUCACAUGCCCACCCAGUUGGCGCCGAUAUAGCGUCAAGCUCGGCGCUAAAGGUCAUGGCGCCGAGCUUGGUGCUGCAGAUCGUGGCGCCGAGCUUGGUGCCACAGAUCGUGGCGCCGAGCUGGCAACCAUAACGGCCUCAUUAGCCUGUCCGAGCCUUCAUCCCAUAUUUCUUACCCCGUCUCGAUUUUUCUAUCUCACCUUCACCCGCCCAAACUCAUCAAUUGACGUAUUUGACCUUGAAAACUUUGUUUUGAUCCAUAGAUCUUCGAGAGCAAGGUAUCCUCUCUCCCCU